AUGAGUGAGACAAAUACUGAACCUUCUACGGCUGAUUCUGCCGUAAAUGUAUCUGAAACACCAUCAACACCCAUACUUAUUUCUUCUUCACCUUCCAGUACGGUUGAUGAUGAAACAAAACGACGUAAAAUUUUAAGUAAACUAUGGGGCAAGGGUAAUAAAUCAUCACAUAAAGUACGAGAACUUGAAAAAAGUACAAUUAACAAUAACAGUGAUUCAUUACUUCAUAAUAAUGGUCAACAACAAUUAGUUGAUAAUUCAAAUAAUCAUUCUUUAUAUUCUUCUACUAACGAUACAAAAUCAUCAACAGAAGAUAGUUCGAACAGUAUUAAUAGUAAACCCUUGGCUGUAGUCAAACCGAUUGUUGUUGUUAAAUCGGGACUUAACGGGACUUCAGCUACUGAUCGAACACGUAUUAACAGUGAAACAUCAUCAGCAACUACUAUUCAAACAAAUGAAACAAGAGCAAGUACAGUGACUGGAAAACAGUCGUCAUCUACAACAACCGAUCAAACAUCAAAUAAAAAGAAGAAAAAUCAUAAAAAUGAUGAUUCAAAAAAGAAGAAAACUACAAAAGACAAGUCAAAAGAACGUGAUCGAUCAAAUCAUCAUCAUGAAACAGAUGAAAAAACAAAUAGAAAAAAGAAUUCACCAUCAAAAAGUCGUCGACAUGAAGAAUUAAAUGAUAAUCAUCAUAAAUCUUCUCGGUAUCAUUCAUCCUCAACAACUUCAACAUCCAAUAAUAGACGACGAUCACCAUCUACUGAUAAUGAUUCAAGAAAUCGUAGAUCAAAUCGAUCAACAACAUCAAAAAAAAAUGAAUCAUCAUCUUCAAAACGAUCAUCAUUAUCUCCAAAAGAUCAUCAUAAAUCUUCUUCUCAUCGUCAUCGUCGUCCAUCAUCUGCAACAGUUUCUCCAUCACCAUCACGAUCUCGUCGUUCAACAACAACAGGAGAUCGUCCACAAUUAAAAAAUUCUUCAUCACCCAAGAAAGAUGAGCAUAGUUCUACAACACCUAUGAAAUCAAAUCGACAACCAACUGAAUCGAUUUCGAAUAGUAAAUCAAUACAUUCAAAUAAUCGUCAACAUAGUUCAAAUACAACUAAUAACAAUGAUACUCAUCAUCAUCAUAAAACACGAAAAAGUGAUGAAAAUUCAUCUAAAACACAAGAUACUUCACAUGAACAUCAUUCAUCUGCAUCUUCGACUAAAAAUGAAAAAAAUAAAAAUUCAACAAAUCAUAAUGAAAAUAAUUCAAAUCGAAGAAAAAUAUCUUCAUCAAGAGAUGAUCGACGAAGUCAUAGUCGACAUCGUUCAAAAUCACGUGAAGAUAGAACAAAUCGAAAAACAAUUGAACUAUCAAAUUCUGAUGACAAUUCACUUAAUAAAACUAAAACAAAUCAUGAGAAAGAUUUAAUAAUAAGUAUUGAAAAUCCUAGUAAUGAUAAAAAAUCUAGUCGUGGUUCAUCUAUUCCAUCGACAAAUAAUGAUCAUCGAAGAAAAUCUUCUUCGGAUUAUCAUCAUCAUAGUCAUCGAUAUGAUCGUCAUGAUUCACCUUCAAAUUAUGAUCGAAAAAGUGAUCAUUAUCAUGAUUCUCAUCGUCAUCGUUCUUCAUACUAUUCAAAUACUCAUUAUGUUCAUCAUCAUCAUCACCAUCAUUAUCGAUCAGGAUCGUCGAGGUAUCAUCAUCGUCGUCGUUCAAUAUCACCUCGUUCUCAUCCACAUCGUUCAAGAUAUUUUUCUUCAACAUCUUCAUCUUUAUCAUUUUCACCUCGUCGUCGAAGUUCAAGUCGAACAUCAUCUUCAUCAACUCGUAGUUCAUCAUCAUAUUCUUCAAUAUCUCGUACAUCAUCAUCUCGUUCAUCAUCAAGAAAUUAUUAUCAUUAUCGUCAUGAUAAAAAAUUUCGUCGUUCACCAACAUUAGAAAAAUUAUUUCUUAAAGCAUCAGAAUCUAUUGAAUCAGUAUCAACACAAAAAAAUCCAAAUCAAUCAUCAUCAGCAACUCAUUUGAUACCUGUUCAAACAUCAUCUAUAAAUUCUGAUAUACAAUUAUCAUCAUCAUCGAUGAAUUCUCUUUCAGAACCGAAUACAUUUUAUGCAGAGAAUUUUUCGGGAUUUUCCGCUCCACCACCACCCUCAUUUCUAGCUCAACCAUCACAACGUUGUUUGAAAGAAAUAACAACCGAUUCAUCAACAUCACGUCGUUUAAUAUUAAAUGAAGUUCAAACAGUUCCAUCAACGACAUUCAAUGAUAUAAUACCAACGAAAACUAUUCAAUCAAUGGAUAUUUCAACAAAUGUUCGUUCUACAUCCGGUAAAGCACCACGAAUAUCUCGUUUUUCUGAUAUAGCAACACCAACAACAUCAUCUGAAUCAAUAUUAAAUACAAAUAUACCAGUUGAUACACAUUUAGGUUAUACUCAAAUAAGUGAAAAUAUCAAUUGUUUAUCAUCAUCACGUCGUCAACAAAAACGUCAUAAUCGUGAAGUAAUGGAAUGUGAAUGUACUACAAGUGAAUAUGAUCGUUCACAUGGUAUAAAAGCAUGUGGUUCCGAAUGUCUCAAUCGAAUGUUAUUAAUUGAAUGUGGUCCCAUGUGUCCAUGUGGACAAUGGUGUACAAAUCGUCGUUUUCAACGACGUUCCUAUACAAGUCAUAAAUUAUGUUUAUUUAAAACUGAUAUGAAAGGUUAUGGUUUACGAACAACAUCAUCCAUACGUAAAGGUCGUUUUCUUGUUGAAUAUGUUGGUGAAGUUAUUGAUAUGGAUGAAUUAGGACGACGAAAUAAAAAAUAUAAACGUGAUGGUAAUACACAUCAAUAUGUUAUGUCAUUAAUACAUGGAACAGUAAUUGAUUCAACAAUAAAAGGUAAUUGGGCUAGAUACAUUAAUCAUUCAUGCGAACCAAAUUGUGUUUGUGAAAAAUGGCUUGUUAAUGGUGAAUAUCGUAUGGGAAUAUUUGCUAAACGUGAUUUAGUUUCGAAUGAAGAAAUAACAAUUGAUUAUCGUUUUGAAACAUUUGGUGCGAUUGAUUUAGCUAAUGAAAAAUGUUAUUGUGGUGCACCAACAUGUCGUGGAACAAUUAGUAUUAAAACAAAUAAUAAUAAUAAUUCAAAUAAACGACAAAAAUGUCGUCAACCAUUAGAUGAUGAUGAAUUACUUGAUUAUUUACGUGAUGAUGAUACAAAUGAAUAUAUUAUACCAAAAACAAUUGAUGAAAUUCGUCAAUUAAUACAAAUUAUGUCACGAACAGAUAGUGAAAAUGUUCGUACGAUUGAAUUAGAUCUUAUUAAAAAUAAUUCACAAAAACAAUUUGAAUUACCAAGAUUAUUUUUAGAAUGCAAUGGUUUACAUGUUUUAUGUUCAUGGAUGAAAGAUAUUUUAAUUGAUAAUGAUGAUGAUCAACAACAAUAUUCCGAUGAAUUUAAAUAUCAUUUAUUAGAUUUUAUUCAUACUGUUUUACCAAUUAAAGAUCGAACAAUUGUUAUUAAAAAUGGUUUAUUUGAUUUAGUUUAUAAAAAAUUAAAAUUACCAUUAUCAGCAAUGGAUAAUAGAGAAAAUAAUGAUGAAGAACAAAUUGAAAAUUUAAUGAAUUCAAUGCUUAAUCAUCUUGAUAAUCCAAUAAUAGCGAAACUUUUUCAUAUUUAUUCAACAUGGAUGUCAUUAAAAGAACGUUAUAUUAUUCCAAAACGAAAAGAAUCCCAAGAUACAUCAAAUCAUCAUCAUCGUUAUCAUCACCAUCAUCAUAGUUCAAAACAUCGUUAUGAAGAAACUAAUUCCCGAUUAAAUUUUAGUACACGUUCAUCAACAAUACAACAAAAACCAUUUGAUCGACCAUUUGGUAGACGUUCAUAUAUUGCACGUGAUACUCCGCGUACACAAGAACAACAAUUAUCUAAAGAUGAACGAAGAAAAUUAUUUGAACAACAAUAUGAAGAUGCAGAAAAAGCAAGAGUAGCAGCAGCUACAGCAGCUAUCAAUGAUGAAAGUCCAGGAACACAAAAUGAACCACCACAUAAGAAACAGCGAACAUCCGAUAAUAUGGAAUCAAUGAUACCAAGUACUCCACCUCAACCGGAUGCUUCAUCGAUGUCUAAUGUUCAUCCUUGGACAAUACCAUUAAAUACUGCUUUUCCAAAUCAAAUGGAUCAAACAUAUUGGAUUCAUCAACAUUUAUCACAAAUUCCUAUUGAUUAUAUUCAUUCAUAUUUGACUUCAACUGGUCAAUCAACUUCUGUAUCAAAUGUUUUAGUUGAUAAAAAUGAUCCUUCUCUUCCUCCACCCGUACGACCUGAUGAUGAAAAUGAAUUAUCACGUAUUAUCCGUUUACCAUCCGGCUGGUCUGUUGCAGUGUGCCCGUCAGAUUCUUCUGUUUAUUUUUAUAAUCGACAAACAAUGGCUACUAGUUGGACGCCACCCAUAAUAAGUACUCCAACAGAAACUUCAAUGCCAUGUCCACCACCUGGACCUCUCGAUCUAAGUCCUCUUUCAUCGGCUCAAAUUCAUGAUCAACAUCGUCCACAUCCUCAUCAUCAUCAGUCCUCUGCUUCGUCUCGUUCAGUUAUGAAAUUAUCAAAGCAUCCUCAUCGUCACAGUCGUAGUCAUCGACAUCAUCACAUGAGUAGUAUUAAUAAACGAAAACGACCGUUAACAGUCGAAUCUACAACUGUUAUUAAAGAAGAACUUCAUCCGCCAACAACAGAAGAAACAUCAAUGAUAACUUCUAAUGAACAAAUCAAAGAAGAAGAAAUGAAUGAUAAAAAUCCAAUAGAACAUACAGAAGAAAAUGCUGUCACUGAUUCUAAAGUAUCUAUGGAUGAGAAUAAUGAAAAUAUUGCAUCAACAACAACAAAAGAAUCAUUAGAAAUGAAUGAUAAUAUUGAAGAAUCAAUAUCUUCUAAUAAUCAUACAUCAUUAUCUUCGGCAUCAAAAGUUAGUCGUGAUCAUCUUCGUCGAAAUAUUUCUCAACAUGUUCAUGCAACAUUAAAACCAUAUACAAAACGAACAUGUAAACAAGGACGUAUUGUAUCAACGGAUGAUAUAAAAUAUCUUGUUAAAAAAUUUACAUUAGCUGUACUUGAGAAAGAAAUUGAAAAAGCUAAAAAUGAAGGAAUACCAUUACCACCAAUAUUAACUGAACGUGUACGAUUAAAAACUGAAGUUUAUAUUAAAAAAUAUAUGAAUAAAAUGGGUCCUGUAUUUCAACGACAUGAUGCUACUGCUCAUUCACUUUCUCAACAACCACCACCACAACCAUCAUCAUCACAGCCGAUGACAACAACAACAACAGCAACAGCAACAGAUUUAGAAUGA